AGGUUUCAGGCUGAAGGGGAGGUCUUUGAUGAUUUUCUAACCUCCCUGCGUGAAUUGUCUCGUGCUUGCAAAUUUUGUGACGCGUGUAAUGAUUCGCUAAUCAGGGAUAGAAUUGUGAUGGGUCUGAGAUCAGCGGAGACCGUCAAACGUCUCUGCGCCGUCCAAAACCUCUCGCUGUCGCAUGCCAUCGCUGUUUGCAGGGCUGACGAGGCGGCCGCCAGAGACGCCGUGGAGCUGCGGGCAGGCGGACUCGCCCGGGCCGCCGCCCACCGAGUGGACGCCGCCGAGCGCCACCGAGCGCCGCCGAGCGCUGGACCGAGGCGGCGCGACGGCGGCUGGUGCGCUGCGUGCGGCCGGCGACGUCACCGGAUGGGAGACGCGUGUCCGGCCCGGGGUCAGCGCUGUCGCAGCUGCCGCCAGCUGGACCACUUCGCGGCAGUUUGCCCCGACGCAUCCGGCGAAUACGAUGACCGCCGACCGACCACGUCGUACGAGCGCCGCCGGCUGGCCCCGUCUCGGCCGCGGAGCUCGCCACCUGGGCGGAGCUACAGGCCCGACCCGUACCGCUCGUCGUCGAGAUCGCCGUCCCCGUCGCUGGACACGCGGCGAUCGCAACGGCGCCAGCCGUGGCGCGGCAACCGGGUCCGCUUCCAGUCGUCGGAGGGCAGCAGUGACCGGAGCCCGGACGGUGCGGCGCGGCGACCGGCCGCGUCGGCCAUCAUCGCGGUCGCUUCGGUGCAGAGCGCCCCCCGCGUGCGCCUGGACGUCACGGCGCAGCGCCGCGCCUCGGUACUCGCGCUGCCUGACGUGUUCGAUGGCCACAUCAGAGUCAUGCCGGGGGAGCAGUUCAAGAUUCACCUCAGGGAGGAAGCCGUGCCGUUCCGCGUGUCGAGCCCACGACGAGUGCCCCUCUCACUCCGCACGCCGCUGAAGGACGAGUUGCAAAAGCUGGUGUCCGAGGGCAUCAUCGUGCCCGUCACGGAGCCGACUGAGUGGUGUGCACCGAUCGUCGUUGAACCGAAGAAGGAGGGAGGAAUCAGGCUGUGCGUGGACCUGUCUCGCCUGAACAAGUUCGUCCGCACCGAGCAGUACCAGGCACCCACCCCGCUGGAGGAAGUUGCCUCUAUAGCGAGCUCGGAGGCGAAGUGGUUCACCGUCUUCGACGCGGCAAAGGGCUACCACCAGUGCCCUCUUCAUCAGGACAGCGUGCUGAAGACGACGUUCAUCACGCCGUUCGGCCGGUACGCGUUUUUACGCGCGCCGUACGGGGUCAGCUCGAUAUCUGACCACUACAACAGGCGCAUGGACGAGGCGUUCUCCGGCCUCACCGGCUACAAGAAGAUCGUGGAUGACGUCGUGGUCUACAGUCGGACCAGGGAGGACCACAUCCGUGACGUCCGUCGCUUCAUGGAGCGCUGCGAGGAGAGAGGUAUCUCCCUGAACCGGCGGAAGCUGCAGCUGGCCCAACAGAAGGUGAAAUUCGCCGGCUUCAUCAUAUCGGCGGACGGCUACGAGCCCGACCCUCAGCUGACGUCGGCCAUCUCGUCGUUCCCGACACCGAAGAACAUCUCUGAGCUCCGAAGUUUCUUCGGCCUCGCCAACCAGGUCGCCCCAUUCGUCGACGAGCUCUCGGAGCUCCUCCUGCCUCUCAGGCCGCUGCUCAGCACCCGAAACGAGUUCAUCUGGGACGAGCAGCAAGAACAGGCGUUCAUAUCAGCCAAGAAGGCGCUGACAUCAGUUCCGAACCUGGCCUACUUCGACCCCAGACGACCAACCUCGCUCUCGACCGACGCCAGCCGCCUCAAGGGAUUCGGCUUCCUCCUACGGCAGCAGCAGGAGGACGGCAGCUGGCGGGUUAUCCAGGCGGGAUCGCGAUUCCUGUCUUCAGCGGAGUCCCGAUACGCCACCAUCGAGUUGGAAGCCACUGCCGUGGUAUGGGCCAUGAAGAAAUGUCACAUCUUUCUCUCCGGACUGACGAGCUUCACGAUAUUCGUCGACCACAAGCCGCUCGUCCCCAUCAUCAACGGCAAGACUCUCGACGAGAUCGAGAACCCGAGACUACAGAGGCUUAAGUUGAAGAUGGCAUACUACGGACCAUUCGUAGCCAGCUGGGUGCCAGGAUCCCAGCACAAGGCGGCAGACGCUCUCUCCAGGAGCCCCACCCAACCAGCAGCUGCUGAUGACGAAUGUGGGGAAGACAACGACGCACCUGCCCUCCAGAGCGUCUUGGUAGCUGAGCUUCGAGCGUGCGACACCGACAUCAUGCUAGACCGGGUGGAGUGUGCGACGUCAGAGGACCCCGAGCUCCAGAUGCUCAGAGACAUCAUCUCCACCGGCUUUCCGGCAUCCAGAGCGGAGCUUGCGGAACCCCUCCGGAAGUACUGGCCGGUACACGACCGACUGUCGGUGGAGGGCGGCAUCAUCUUAUGCGGCAUGCGCAUCCUGGUGCCGCUAUCCCUCCGUAGAUCGACCUUAGCGUCUCUCCAUGCGAGUCACCUCGGGAAGGAGAAGACCAAGGAGCGAGCUCGGCGGGUGGUCUACUGGCCGGGAAUGGACGCCGCCAUCGAAGACGUCACCAGAGGAUGCAGUAGGUGUCAGCAAGAGCUGCCAUCCCAGCCGAGGGAGACCAUGCUGCAUCAUGAGCCUGCCGCCAGGCCGUUCCAGGUCCUGGACAUGGACUUCGCAGACCACGCAGGAGGCGAUGCUGGGACGACGGCAGAGGACGGCUCAACGAAGAGGAGUGGACGCGGGGCCUGCUUCAGCAGCGGAACACGCCGGGCGUCAGCGGGAAGUCGCCCGCCGAGAUCGUCUACGGCCGGCCACUGAGGGACGACCUGCCCACGCACCCGUCGCACUUCAAACCAUCGGCGCGCUCGCAGCGGGCGAGUGGAGGCGGAGCCCAGCAGCGGAGGGGGACGCCACCGCACCAGACUGUGGACUGCGACGAUCGCCGCGAGUCACGCCGCUGCGCUGCCAAA